ACAUAGGAGUGGGCUUAUGUGAAAUAAGCCCGCUCCUCACUAAACCAACAAUGAUUGCUUAAGAUGCACAGAGCCAGUUGAUGGAAAAGUCCAUAGACUAUCAGAGUUGAAUGGCGCUGCCCUGGUGGGAGGAGCACCUCAUUCCUGCUUCCCCACCAAAUUGCUUGCCUUGGCCUGCUUCCUACUCUCUGGGUCACUGGUGCUCACACAGCCUUUCCCAACCCCCACCUCCAAAGGUCAUAUUUUACAGCUCCUUGUGAGGAAUUCACAUGAUGCCAUGACCUUCACUAUGAGAAAGCACAGGCUGUAAAAGGCCAGCCUGGCUCCCUGCUCCGUGGUUAAGUAUUGAUGAUGAUAUUGGGCAAUAGAGACCUGGAGUGGGCACACCACAUAUCCCCCUGCAGUGAUGGAACCCACAGACCACAGGUCCUCUGCAGUUCAUUCUCCUGCCUGUCCAGAGGAUCCAGAUGUUUUCUCUUUACUAGAGGCCAACACGUAACAAAGUAAGCACUUGGACUCCUGGUGCUUUCGGAUUGUGAAAGUCAGGUGGAGUCUGUUUGCACUCUGAGUCUACUCAUUCAAGAGGUCAGUCACCCCGGAGUGAUAGAGAAAGCUCCAGGCCUGGGUGUGUGCUAAGGCCAGAGCUACCAGAUGGGUUCAGCUGCCGCAGGCUCUCCAGGCACUGUCCCCUAAGUGACAGCUGUUACUGUCUGGGAGAGCUCAAGUGCAAAGACUAUCCUGUUCUCCCAUAAAGAGGAGAAAGAGGAAGAUACAGAAAUUGGUGCUGCUCCCAACAGCAGAUCAAGGCAGUCCUCAGGAACUCAGGAUCCAGGGGGUCUUCAGGGCUCCUCUGCCCAGGGGCCAGAACCGAGGAGGCAAGGAGGGCUGCUGGGGCUAAGGGGCCUAAGGACCUCGUUGCCAGCGGUACACACCACCAGCAGCAGGGGCAUGGAGCACAGUGAGGGGGCUCCCGGAGACCCAGCUGGUACUGUGGUGCCCCAGGAGCUGCUGGAAGAGAUGCUUUGGUUUUUUCGUGUGGAAGAUGCAUCUCCCUGGAAUCACUCCAUCCUUGCCCUGGCGGCUGUGGUGGUCAUGAUAAGCAUGUUCCUCCUGGGAAGGAGCAUCCAGGCAAGCAGAAAACAAAAGAUGCAACCACCAGAAAAAGAAAAUCCAGAAGUCCUGCAUUUGGAUGAGGCCAGAACCAAGGAUCACAACAGCCUAAACAACCUAAGAGAGACUUUGCUCUCAGAAAAGCCAAACUCAGCCCAGGUGGAACUCGAGUUAAAAGAGAGAGAUGUGCUGUCAGUUUUCCUUCCAGACAUACCAGAAACUGAGAGCUAGUGAGAGUUCCGAGAAGUCCCACCCUAAGCCAGGCACAUGAUCUGGGCUCAGCUCAGUGGCCUGAAACCUCUCAGGUUUUACAGUCUCUCCCAAGCAGCCCACUUUUUUCUUUUUCUUUUCUCUUUCUUUCUUUUUCUUUCUUUCUCUCUCUCUCUUUCUUUCCUUCCUUCCUUCCUUUCUUUUUUAGCAGAUACAAUGAAUGAACUGCAAGCAAACUAAAAUUCUG